UCAGGCCGUUCGACCCUCUGAGGGGUGAGCCUCGGAAAGCCGCGUAAAACUUCGGGUUUUAUGUCAUUCAGAUUUCGAGCAGGACCCAAGGGAAUGCCUGUCCUAGGAUGGACUCCCACGAUGGCGAUCUGAAGUUUCGUUUCGAUAUUAAUUGAAGUUUUCCAGUGGUGUUGAUGAUUAAUGGUUGGGUUCACAUCAUCCCCAUCGAUUUGGAGCUACACUGUCGAGAACAUUAAAUUAAGUACAAAUGAAGACCGAUAAUGGGGAAAGUAAUUUGUUGCAAAAUCAUUCUGAUCGUCAUCUUCGUUACUUCAACAGAAGGAAACGUGCAAGGGAGAAAGGAGAAUAUAGAAAAAAGCCUCCAAAUCAUUCACGAGGUAGCCAUAAAGAGCUUCAAUAUUUUGUGUGCGGGGAAAGAUUAUAAACCUCUUUCUGUAACCAUAAGCACUGUGAGAUUCGAUUCUGCUAGGCAGAAGGCUGACCUUGCUGCUACACUUCUGCAAGACCUGGGAGUUGCUCAUCACAAUGGUUUACAAGACGCCAUAGCCAAAAAUCUUCUGGUUUCAGAGAGUAGUGUCCUAUCUGCUCGUGUUUUAGCCAUCAAUGCUUCUUCAGGGUAUCUGGCAAACACAGCAUGGUGGCAGAGGCAAGGUGUGGAGCUGGAAGGUCCAAAAAAAAUCGAAAAAUCGAUCAGUCUCGAACCAGGAAGAAGAAUCCAUUACCCUUGGUACGAAGAUCCGGACACCAGUCCCAGUCUACGAUCGCCGAAGUUCAUGGAGGGACCUCUGAACGUGACCUAUAAGGGAUGGUGGACCUUCCCCUAUUACUCCUGCUCCGCAAGGCGUUGGCUGAUGUCUUACAGCGUCCCCAUACCGCCGCCACCUGGACGACGGGGGUUGAAAGGUUUCCUGAGUCUGGACAUAGAUAUCUCACAUCUGGAAGUUAAUCAGUGCGAGAAAACAAUACAGAAUAGGCAGAACGAAAUCUCCGUUUUUCAUGGAACGCACAAGUGUCACAACACCACAUCCAGGUGUAUUUAUGGUGCUCAUAUCCUUCCAAAAUGGUCCAGAGGGCGCUACCAAUGUGUCUGCAGAGAUGGAUAUUACUCCCCACAUCAUGGUGGAAUAUUCAAUGGAACCCUUGUAGAAGUGGCUUGGCAGCAGAAGGAAGAGAAUAUCACAGAUACGUGGGAUUUGAUCUUCGAAUGUAAAAAAUGUGAACCUGGAUGUCACACCUGCAUAGAUCAAUCUCCAUGUUUGGCAACAUACAAUUGGCCAUUUAGAAUUACAUUGUUAGUCUUCAGUGUCAGUUGUGCUUUUUGUACGAUGAUCUUGAACAUUUUCAUGUUCAAGCACAAAAGACUGAAGGUGUUCAAGGUAGCUAGUCCGAUUUUUUUAAGUAUAACCCUUUUUGGAUGUGCUACGAUGUACCUUGAGAUGGCGGCUAUAUUUCCAGUGUUAGAUACAUACUCUUGUAUAGCGACCAAGUGGUCGAGGCAUUUGGGUUUCUGCAUAACAUACACAGCCUUGCUGAUGAAGACCUGGAGGGUCUCUCUAACAUACAGGGUCAAAUCGGCUCAUAAAGUAAAGCUCACGGAUAAACAGCUCUUGCAAUGGAUGGUCCCUAUAUUGUUGGUCAUGCUUAUUUACCUGGGAACGUGGACAGUGUCAGAUACGCCAACAGCUGAGGACAUAUUGGAUAACGAAGGUCUAAGGUUCAAACAAUGUGUUUACAAUUGGUGGGAUCACAGUUUAGCCAUCGGAGAAGUUCUCUUCCUUGCGUGGGGCAUAAGGGUUUGCUACAAUGUCAGAAACGCUGAAUCACUCUAUAAUGAAGCAAGACUAAUCAGCUACGCCAUCUACAACAUAGCCAUAGUGAAUAUCAUGAUGAUAGCUUUCCAUUUGUUUAUAUUUCCACGGGCAGGGCCGAACAUAAAGUAUUUUCUAGGAUUUAUAAGGACCCAACUGUCAACUUCCACUACAAUCACUCUAGUAUUUGGUCCUAAGGUUUUUCGUGUGUUGAGAGGUCAGGGUGACCAAUGGGAUAAUAAAGCAAGAAGCAGAGGUGUUUCAGCCUCUUUUUCAUUGAAUGGUAUUGGUUUGGUACCAGAAGAGGCGCCAGAUUUAUACCAAGAGAAUGAGGAACUUAAGGAGGAAAUCCAAAAAUUAGCAGCUCAAAUAGAAUUCAUGAAAAUAGUCCAUAUGGAAGUAAACAACCGUCACUUGAAACCCAAAACUGGGGGAUACUUUAGCAGCGUCAACGCCCCCACUGUUAUCCACAACCCAUCUGCUAAGACCGGUGGUUGCCUUUUAGCAAAAGCUGAAGACUUGUAAUGGAUAGUCAAUUAUUUUGAUAGGUAAAAAAGUCAUUGUGAAAUGAUGCGUAAAAAUGUAUAGCAGCACGACUGAUUUUCAAACAAUUAUAAAAUGCUUGAAAAUGGAUACGAUAUGUAAUAUGUGGGUAGAUUUAGAAUUCAAUCUGUGUAAAAGGAAAUUUCCUCUGAUGUGAUUUGUUAAUUGUAUAGUUCUUUAAGGACAUAAGGAGUUUACACAUCCUGGUUUGAGUUGAGUGCUGCUUAAGAUUCUCUAUAGAAAACAUAUGUUAGAAUUUUUUAUUUGCUUGAAAGAUUUUUGAGAUGCAACCGAGUUUUACGCAAUGUCUGUCCAGUUUGAAAUGUGAUAGUUUUUCUAGAUUAUAGACAGUGGGCGACAAUAUUCAAAAUUCUAAUUAUCGACAAUUAAACUGUUCGGAGCAUUUAUUUUUUUUUCAUUCUCAACACUUAUUAGUGCCAAAUCUGAAGACUGCUUCAAGUAUUAAAACAUAUAAAAACGAUUUUUCCAAUUAUUUCAAUCGACAAUAAAACAACUUAGAUACAUAUCACAGUUUACUCAAUUAGAAUUAUUUUGCUCAGAAUCAUGUUAUCUAAGGAUAUAGUAGGGUUGUGAUUAUGAAAAUUCUAAACAUUGGAAUUUCCUCUCAAAUAUUAGAAAAUUUGUAUGUGUCCCUAACCAUUUAAAUGUUCACAAGUGUUAGUAUGUAUAAGAUAUAAGCAUAUUGAUAGUUUUUAAUGUAUUUUUAAUAAGUGUUCAUAAUACUUGGGAUGAAAAAUUAUCUGUGAGCCCUUGAACCAAUUUUUUGUCCUUCGUAUUAUAUUAUCUACUAGGUUGAGCAGGAAUUCUUCGAGAUUCCCUUGGUAGCUGACUCAUUAUUGGAAACUCAAGUAGGUUGUGAUUAUAUUGACAUAUGAACUGAUGGACGCAUCAUCAAAUGAGAUUUCAUUAAAUGAACGAUUUGAACGUCAUUUGAACAUAAUAAGUUGAAUAGUUGUUGCGUCAUCAAUAGGUAUAUAGAAUUAGAAUAGGAAAAUAGUAGAAAAGUAUUUCAAAUAUGUAGUAUUACGAUGAAAAUCGGUAAAUGUGAGGUUAGUAUUAAGGUACUCAAGUUACCAUCAAUUUUCUCAUAUCUGAUGUGGAAAUAUCUCAAACUUUGAUAUCACAACACUACUAUCAACUUACAAAAUCGAAAUUUAGGUACAUUGGGUUGGGGUUAUUAUGGUAUUGAUAUUUGUUCUAUUUCAAAUGAUUGGAGUUGAUUGCACCGUUGGUACCUACCAUUACCUAUCUGUUGUCAAGAUGUUUAUAUGUUGAAACUGAAUGUUCAAUUUAUUGAAAUUAUAUUGCCCUAUAUUUGUAAAAAAUGUUGAAUAAAUGUAAUGAAAAA